GCUGGCGGAAGAAUGCCGCGGAUCCGCUCUGCUUUAAGUGUUGGUAGUUCUCAAAAGGCUUUGCCCUAGCUAGUAAUUGUGAAAAUUUUUCGUCCUUAACAAGGGAAAGACCGCUCUUUCUAGAUGGCGGUAACGUUUGGCAAGCUGAUGUCAAGACGAAGGUUUGUGCGUGCCAUUGGCCAGUAUCUGUUGGUGUUGGUGAUGGUGGGUUUGGGACUCCUAUCCCUCGGAACGCAUCCUGCACUCAACAUAUGUGAUGAUGAGUGCAGUAUCAUCACAUUCACACGUCCGCCGCAUUCAGAGUCUCGAAUGUUCAUAGAACACAUCAUUGACAAUGUUAUAGAACCUCAGCGAGAUUCUGCACCAUGGCCCCUGACACAAGAAGAGAUCACACAGUCAAUUAGACAAGACACUAAUGCCUAUACAGUUAAUCAGUUCCUUAUGGGAUACAUUGAUGACAUAGUCAAUGGUACUUUUCUGGAAGUUGGAGCAGGGAACGGAGAGUUCCUCUCGUUUUCCAGUGCUCUUGAAUUGAUGCAAAACUGGCGCGGGCUGUUAGUAGAGCCGCGCCAACAGGCGUACCAACACUGCCGGAAGCGGCGUAGAGCGGCUACGGCGAACGCUUGCGUCACCGGCACCGAUUACCACGGCAAACAAUUAGUGUGGACCCCAAAAGUGGACACUACGCUGCCACUUCAGUUGCAGCAGUCCACGCUCUCCAAAGCAGCCAUCAUCGACUACGUGGACCCGGCUGACCGCGAUGAUGGCGAUGUCACUCUGGUGCAAUGCUAUACUCUGGAAAGCCUCGUCGUGGCCUACCUCGAGUCCAUCAACGCCACAGACCAGCCUAUCGACCUACUAAUAGUUGACACCAACGCGGGGGAGCUUCAUAUCAUGGAGAAACUUUUGAUACCGCGAUACAGAUACGUGUUGCUCCCAAUACGCGACAAGUACGAGUAUCAGUUUGCUCUGAGCAUCGCUGGACAGCUCGAGCUCAAUAUGACCGACGACGGAAUGCUUCAGGACGGAUAUGCGCUUUUCCAACAUAAAUCUGUCGGUCGCCAUAUUGAAUUUGUAGCGGAGUUUGUAUGACGUCCAUCUUGAUGAUGAGAUGAUACUGGCGCACGGAUCUCGCCAUGGCGUUGACAUUUCCACGGUGACGGACAGGCUGGGCCUCCAGCUUGUAUCGCCGGUGACCGCGGCAUUCGGAUUUUCCAUCCUGGCGCAUCCUUCGAUGUUACGAGAUACCAGGACUCCUGCAGCACCUACUCCAUAACCCUAAGCAUCUCGUCACAAACGGCAUAGCCCUA